UAUAUAAGUCAUGAAAGGGUUUGGGUCUUCAUGUGGAGCAUGCAAGUACCUAAGGAGAAGGUGCACAAGAGAUUGUGUAUUUUCCCCUUACUUCUCCUAUGAUGAGGCAUCAACCCAUUUUGCGGCAGUUCAUAAGGUGUUUGGUGCUAGCAACGUCUCUAGACUGUUGCUACACCUUCCGUUGCACAACAGAAGUGACGCUGCUAUCACCAUAACUUACCAAGCUCUCGCUCGCAUGCACGAUCCUAUCUAUGGUUGUGUUGCUUAUAUCUAUGUAUUGCAGCAACAGGUUGCAAGCUUGCAAAGGGAGAUAGAUGAUAUACUAGGAAAUAAUUUCAUGAUGAAGAAUUCCUCAUGUCUUGGUGUUGAGAAUUAUUGUGGUAGUGUUCAUCAAUCACCGAUGAUGAACAUCAACAACGGAAUAGAGUAUAUUGUGCAAGAAGGAACAAGGAGUCAAUGUUAUAAAAGUCAACUAGCUAAUCAAUUUUCUAGCGAUGAAGAAAUUGACAGAGAGUAUGAAAGAUUAUUAUUGAUGGACACAGAUCAUUUAUUAUAUGGUGAGACAGAUCCCAUCUCCCUGGAGAAGUUUCUGUCUGAAAUUGACCAGGAUGUGUUCCUUAAUCAUCCAUGGUUCAAGCAUAAUAAUAAUAAUGCUGACAUUAUUGGAAACUAG